UACUUGAUUAUUUAAUGAGUUUCUUUCUAAAGAAAGUUGGUCGAGUGGCGACGCUCAUCUGCAUGACGCGUUUUACGCACUCCACGCACGCUGUUGCGUAUGACGCAUUCGUAUAACAGGCUCCAUUUUCUGUUGUUGCUCGCCAUUUUGUCGUCGCUGAGAGGGAGUGAGUUUCGUUUAGGGAGAGAUCAAUUCAAUUAUAAAAACAAGCGCGAUUUAAAACAUUUGAUUCCGAGUUUAAUAAAGCAGACAGAAAAAGCAACCCAGCGCCCACUUACCUCGACCAUAAAGACACGGGGAAAAAAAGUUUUAUUCUCGGAGCGAAAAGAGUGUGCAGUGUUGCUGAAGGAAAAUGAGCGCGCCAUCCAAUCAGAAGGUUGUGCUGAAAAGCACCACCAAGAUGUCCUUGAACGAGCGCUUCACAAACAUGCUGAAGAACAAGCAGCCGCUGCCGGUGAAUAUCCGCGCCAGCAUGCAGCAGCACCACACGGCCAGCGCCCGCAACCGUCGGCUGGCCCAGCAGAUGGAGAACCGUCCGUCCGUGCAGGCGGCGCUCAAACUCAAGCAGAGUCUGAAGCAGAGGCUGGGGAAGAGCAACAUCCAGGCGCGGCUGGGCCGGCCCGCCGGGGGCCUGCUGCGUGGGGGUCCAGGGGGCAGGGGCUUCCCCAUGGGGGGUCUCAGAGGGGUGACCAGAGCGGGCUUCAGAGGAAGAGGCAGGGGAGGGCCUGGCAGGGGUGCCCUGGCUCUCAGAGGUGCAGGGAUGAUGCGCGGCCGGGGCGGUGCCCCCAGGCUGGCUCUGAGAAGGGGGCUGCGGCAGCGUGGAGGGAUGAUGGGGCGCGGAGCGGCUCUAAUGGGCCGAGGGGCUGGGGGGCUGGGCCGAGGAGGACUGGGAGGCAGAGGUCGUGGAGGAAUGGGGCUCCGAGGGCGUGGCGGGUUUGUCGGGCGUGGCAGGGGUCGCGGCCGCGGGAGGGCGUUGGGACACCCCAACGUCACCAGAGAACAGCUGGACAAUCAACUGGACGCCUACAUGUCCAAAACCAAGGGACACCUGGAUGCAGAGCUGGACGCUUAUAUGGCCCAGGCAGAAGCAGACGGCAAUGAAUAACACUGACCCAGACACUGGAGCCCAACUGUAAAUACCCUGCUCUCUGACUCCCACACACACACACUCACACACUCGCAACCGCUCCCUCUCGCACGCACACAGACCCAACACACAGCUGCAGUGAAGAGAACGACAACAAGAUAUGGAGUGCCUCGAAUCUUGUUUCUGGGGAAA